GGCCUCCCUCCCUCCUUCCCGGCCGGCAGUGGGUCCCUGGCUUCCUCCUCCUCCUCCUCUCGGGCGCCUCCAGCAAGAUGACAGCCGGGCGGCGGCGGCGGCGUUGUUGGCGCGGAGGUCCCUGGCCCCGGAUGGUGUCUGCCCUGCUUCCCUCAUUCUUAAUGCUGAAGCCAGAUUGUUUUAACUAAAGAUGGAAACACUGGAGUCGGAACUGACUUGCCCAAUUUGCCUAGAGUUGUUUGAAGACCCCCUCCUCCUGCCCUGUGCCCACAGCCUCUGCUUCAGCUGUGCCCACCGCAUCCUGGUCUCUAGCUGCUCCUCUGGGGAAUCUCUUGAGCCCAUCACUGCCUUCCAGUGCCCUACCUGCCGCUAUGUCAUCUCCCUCAACCAUCGGGGCCUAGAGGGCCUCAAGCGUAAUGUGACACUGCAGAACAUCAUUGACCGCUUCCAGAAGGCCUCCCUCAGCGGCCCCAAUUCCCCUGGCGAGAACUGCCGUGAGCGGCCAUACCGCCAGAGCCCGACCAUGUCGACGGCGGGCGACAGGAUAGCUUGCCAGUUCUGUGAGCAAGAUCCUCCACGUGAUGCUGUCAAGACGUGCAUCACAUGUGAGGUGUCCUACUGUGACCGCUGCCUGCGGGCCACGCACCCCAACAAGAAGCCUUUCACCAGCCAUCGUUUGGUGGCGCCUGUGCCAGAUGCACACUUCCGUGGACUGACUUGUCUUGAGCACGAGAAUGAGAAAGUGAACAUGUACUGUGUGGCUGAUGACCAGCUCAUCUGUGCCUUAUGCAAACUGGUAGGGCGGCAUCGGGAUCACCAGGUGGCAUCAUUGAGUGAUCGGUUUGAAAAACUGAAGCAAACUCUGGAGAUGAACCUCACGAACCUGGUUAAGCGCAAUAGUGAGCUAGAAAACCAGAUGGCCAAACUGAUACAGAUCUGCCAGCAGGUGGAGGUGAACACAGCCAUGCAUGAAGCAAAGCUGAUGGAGGAGUGUGAUGAGCUGAUGGAAAUCAUCCGUCAGCGUAAGCAAGUGAUUGCUGUAAAGAUAAAAGAAACAAAGGUGAUGAAGCUGAGGAAGCUGGCCCAGCAGGUAGCCAACUGCCGACAGUGCCUGGAACGGUCAACCGUCCUCAUCAACCAAGCCGAGCACAUCCUGAAGGAGAAUGACCAUGCACGGUUCCUGCAGACGGCAAAAAACGUGGCAGAGAGGGUCGCCAUGGCAACCGCAUCCUCUCAAGUUUUGAUACCCGAUAUCAAUUUUAACGAUGCCUUUGAAAACUUUGCUUUAGAUUUUUCCAGAGAGAAGAAACUGCUGGAGGGGCUGGAUUAUCUCACAGCACCCAACCCGCCAUCAGUCCGUGAAGAACUUUGUACUGCCUCCCAUGACACCAUCACUGUCCACUGGAUCUCAGAUGAUGAGUUCUGUGUCAGCUCAUAUGAGCUCCAGUAUACCAUCUUCACUGGCCAGGCCAACUUCAUUAGCUUGUACAACUCUAUGGACAGCUGGAUGAUUGUCCCCAACAUCAAGCAGAAUCACUACACAGUGCAUGGGCUGCAAAGUGGCACACGAUACAUCUUCCUUGUCAAGGCAAUAAACCAGGCUGGCAGUCGGAACAGUGAACCCGCUCGGCUCAAGACAAACAGCCAGCCCUUCAAACUGGACCCCAAAAUGGCUCACAAGAAACUCAAAAUCUCCAAUGAUGGGCUCCAAAUGGAGAAAGAUGAGAGCUCCCUGAAAAAGAGCCACACACCAGAGAGGUUCAGUGGGACAGGAUGCUAUGGUGCUGCGGGCAACGUUUUCAUCGACAGUGGCUGCCAUUACUGGGAGGUGACGGUGGGCUCCUCCACCUGGUAUGCUAUUGGCAUUGCCUACAAAUCAGCCCCCAAGAAUGAGUGGAUUGGCAAGAACUCCUCCUCCUGGGUCUUCUCUCGUUGCAACAACAACUUUGUAGUGCGGCAUAACAACAAGGAGAUGCUAGUGGACGUUCACCCCCAGAUGAAGCGCCUGGGCAUUCUCCUGGACUAUGACAACAACAUCCUCUCCUUCUAUGAUCCAGCCAACUCCCUCCACCUCCAUACAUUUGAGAUUUCUUUCAUCCUGCCUGUCUGCCCCACCUUCACCAUUUGGAACAAAUCUUUAAUGAUUGUCUCGGGUUUGCCUGCUCCGGACUUUAUAGACUACCCUGAGCAGCAAGAAUGCAACUGCAGACCACAAGAGUCCCCUUAUGUAUCAGGAAUGAAAACUUGUCAUUGAGGGGUAAGGGAAUCCCCUUUCUCUUCCUGUCUGGUGAUGCUCGACAGUGACUUGCCACAUCUGGCUGGCUUCGUGUCCCAAGGAAAACUCAACCUUCUGUGGCACAGCCGUCAGAGGAGAGUGUGAGUGUGAGUGAGUGUGUGUGGAUAGGGGUUGUUAUCAUGGACUAAAAUUUUUAUUUUUAUUUUUAUUCUGUUAGCACUACUGAAUUUUCUCAGAUGGAAUUGGCAUGUCUUGUCCAUUUCCUGGUGGGAAAAGGGGUGUCAUGGCAGGGAGUGGGGGAGGUCAGUCCCUCGGAGCUGCCAGGGAGUUAUUAACGUGGAGAGUUUUCUACUAUGUGGGAGGGAGAUAAACCAUAUGUAUAAGUUCUCAGUGGACCUUGUAAUGGUCCAACCUGCCAUUUUGAGACAGAACUGCCUAGAAAAUACAGGACUGUCUCACAUCAUAGCAAACAGUCAUAUGCAUGGGUCUUUUUUUAGUCCUCUACACAUUUUCACUGUGUGUGGAGAAGUGGUGUAGUGGUACAUUUUGAAGUUCAGGCACUCAUUACAACAGUCCCAAUAGCCAACCCUCAUCCCCCCUGACCCAACCCCUCCAUGCAGACAGCCCUGUUGAUCUAGCCAUUUUUAUCUCCAACACAAACAGACCUUUUAUGAAUGCCCUUAGCUGCCCAAUCAAGACUAAGCCAUCUGAAAAUACGACAGUGAUAGUUCAUAAGAAUACAUUGUUACUGGGGAAAAUCCAUUUCCCUAUGCACCCCCCCCCCCCCCCCCGCUUCUCUUAGGAUUUCAGGGAAGCUCAGAGAGGACAGGGAAACCUGAGCAGGGUGGCACAUGACAUUGCCAUUUCCACUGCUCAAAAUGUUCCUUUAUAGAAUCAUAGAAUUGUAGAGUUGGAAGAGACCACAAGGGCCAUCCAGUCCAACCCCCUGCCAUGCAGGCCCUGGCUUCACCACACCACUGGCAGGGAAGAGGAGCAAGAUGCCACUGCAUGUCCACCAGCAUGCAUGCCCCUACCAGCUCUGCCUGCACCAGCUUCUUCACGUGCAAUGCAAUGUCUGCCAGCAGGAGCUCACACAUAAUCAGCAGCAGAUGCAAAUUGCAGAUAUUCUGCAAAUACUGGAAGGAGCAGAACUGAUGGAGCAUACAAUGUUUGGAGUGGGAUCGUUUGGUUCAGUCUUGUUUUUUCCUCCACACAUAGUUUAAAUGUGCAGAGACAACAUCUGCAGAGCACUCUUGUGAAAUGAAGUGCAUAUGCUUGAAAGCCUUGGCCUGUCAGACUUCACAUGCAUGUUUACAUGGCAUUAAAAAAAAAAGAAAACUCUAUUGCUUAGGGGGCACCACAAGAAAUGCAUCUGGUCCAAAAAUGAGUGAAGCAGUGGCUGUCUCGAGGGUUAUGACUACUGUAACAUAUCUGGUUUUUGUAAUGGAAAGGAUUGGCCCUUUUCUGUCUGGUGCACAAAUGCAAUUACAAAGGAGUUUUCCUAUUUGAGUUCAAUUUACUUUCUCAGGGAGGUUUUCCAGAAAGGGAAAUGGAAUCUCCAAACAGCUCCUAAGCAUGAAGUGUGAGGAUAGGAAACAUUUAUUGCACACUGGAGACCAGUGAGUUGCUUGUCAACUUGUUACCUAAUGGGAGAGGCUGAAAUGUCAACUUCCAUUCUUUGUAUUUGGAUAUAACCAGUAUCUUGGUACCGGCCAUUUGCUGUGCAGUAACUCCCCACAGAAAACUCACACUAGGAUGAAGCAGGCUUGCUGGUGAUCCCUAAUGUUGAUGACAGCAGGUGUCAUCGUAUGGCUUUUGGACUCCAAAGACAAAUGGAUGGAAGAGCCAAGAAAUCUUUAGAACAGCCCAAAGCUAGUUGCCUUGUUGUGUUGAUAUCAGGGCCAGCCAACAGGAUCUGCAAAACAUACGGAAGACACUUGUUUGGGGAGGCUGUUAUGGAAUAUCAGCAAUAGUUGCUGAUUUAUCAGAAAAGGAGUUCCAGGCAAUGCAGGGUCCAGAAGAAAAAGAGGCCAGGGGAGUGUAGUGGGGAGAGUGUUGUAGUUCUAAACAUAUUGGGCCAAAAAUCCCCAUGCACACAACACAGUCUUCCAAUAGGCAGGGCUGCUGCAUCUGAAGCUUGUGCUGUUCUAAAGGCUAGAGCCAGUCCAGAGAUGGUGUCCUGGCAUCACCCUUUAUGACCUGUCUGAGCUAUUUUGCACAGCCCUGUUGUCCCUCUGCUGUUGAAGGAGCUCCAGUUCCAGCUGUCAGCCGUUCAUGCUGAGUUCCUGUUGUUAACAGGCUGUCCUCCUGCUGCCUUCACCUGUCACAUCAUGCAGUCCACGCUGCUGCUCUUGGGCAGCACUUGGUCUUCCUUUGGGGCUCUCAGUUGUGAAGGAGUUGAUGCACCCCAAGGAAAUGGUGUGUGCGUGUGUAUGGAGCAUCCAGUUGCAGAUCUCUGCCAGUUUCAGUUCACAUGCAAAGCAAAUGGGGUAGUAGAGCAGUCAUGCAGAGAGGUGGCUGCUGCCAUUGUUGCAAUGAGUAGUGUUUUUUCAUCUACUUGGAAUUACCUUUGCUCAUAGCACCAGGGUGAUGAUAGAUCCUUGCAGGGACAGCAGAUCAGAAAAAGCCAAAGACUUUCCCCAGCACAAUGUACCCCCCCUUUUUUUUUUUUUUUUUUUUUGUGUGUGUGUGUGUGUAAUUCAGAAGCUUUCAGGGGCUUGCUGUUUUAUUAAAAACAAAAGGCUGCAGCUGCAAGCAGAGGCUAGCUUCUUUGUUACAGGCUGGGAAAGUACUGUAUUGUGUGUAUUUGGAAAAGAAAGAGACUCGGCACUUGGAGACAUCAUGGGCCAGCCACACAAGAAAUUGACCACAGAGUCCAAGCCAGCCCAAGCCAGUAAGUUAUCCCCUGGUACUUGUUGGGGAUUUUUUCACUGCCUCCCCCCCCCCCCCCCCUCUUUCUCUUAGAGGGCCCAAUUGUAACAUCCUAACUUGGAUGUUUACUCUCUUUAAGCUGAAAUCCUGUUGGUUAGUCCCAACUAGAGUAGACCUAUUGACUCAGUUCUUCAAGAAUGAAUUAGCAAAUAGGUAAAUCCAGUUGAUUCAUUGGAUUUUCUUUAGUGGGACUAAGAAUAGGAUUUAGGCUGUUGCUGGCUAGGGUUGCACGGAAAAAAUGGACUUGUUCCCUGUAUCCUUGGUAGCAUUAUUGUGGGUUGGAAGGCUAUGUAACAUUUCUUAUCUCAGACUUGGCUCUAGCCGGGUGCCAGAUGUGAUGGAUUCCAGCUAUCGGAAUCUCCUAGCAGGCUAUACUGACUGGGAGAAUUUGAGGAGUCAUAGUCCAUCACAUCUGGUGGCACAAGAAUGAAAGAGAUUUCAAGAGCUCUUUGAGCACAAGGGCCAUUUCAAUGUGAUGCUUAAUGCCUUUAUGCAAGAUAAAGUGGCACUGAUUAAAGUCAUUCCUACAGCAGUGGAAGGGAAGAGGCAACAUCUGGUUAUGGCUGGAUGGUGAUGCUUACAGCUGUGGUCCGGUUAGCACAAAAUGUUUAUUUUCUUGUCUUUGGUUGCUAGCAUACAAGCCACUCUCAUGUUCUCAACUAGUAAUUUGAUGGAGGAAAUGACCAUUGCCACCUAGGUACUUGUUAUUAAAGCUCUACCCAUUGUAACUAUAUUUAGUUUGCCAAACGUCCCCUCUGUGGCCUUUUACCCCACUGUCCCAGCCUGUUAGCUUUCCCAGCCCUUGUGUGUUAGACGACAACAACCAUCUUCCACAGACAGUGUAGCUCAUGCUGCUGAGUGAUUUUCUAUAAUAAUAAUAAUAAUAAUCCCAGUCUGUUUAGAGGGCACCAAGUUGGUCCAUAUAGGAGGUCGAUUUGUCCCUGGUAAACGCUUCCCCCCUAGCAAUAUGUGCCAACCUCUCAACAGGGAAAGCCCCAGUGGAGAAACACCUCCUGGUGUGAAGGGAUUCUUCAUUUGAGACAAACUCCCGUGUCUCAACCGUAUGGUGUUAUGUCCCCAUCUUAUGUUGAGCUUCCAUGUGCCAAACAGAACUAUGGGAUGCCACUUCAGGGAAAUGACUCACCCCCAGGGGAUCAAGCAAUUUGUAGCGCAGCCCUUAGUAAGUCAUCUAGUCAGCAGAAAGAGACUGGUGUUAAAUGAGGAGUUCUCCCAAGUUGCCUGCAGUUAUAAGAUUCUUCUCCCCAUCUUAUUUUGAAGAGAUCGACGAGGGAAAAGAGCCUCAGUGGAAACUCUUGUGGAGUUACUCUUCCCUCUGAAAACAUGCGUUGGUUCUUCAUGAACCCCCCCCCCUCCAAAGCCAUGUCGGGUUGUUUGUAUCAUACUAACUGCAUUAUAUCCAAUUUUGGGGAUGUGGUGAGCUUUUAGUUACCGUGAAACCUGUCAAACUUUUUUUCCCUGUGUAUCAUAAUCGGUUUUGCAACUUCUUUGUUAAUGUGUAUAUAUAAAUAUAUAAAUAUAUAUACAUAAAAAUAUAAUAUAUAUGUAUACAUUC